AUGUCUAUCCGAAGGAAGGGCAAGAAUCCUCAAUCUGGCGGAAAGAAGAUAGAUAUCAUAGUCCCCGUCAUGGGUCCAACUGGAGCUGGAAAGAGCACGUUCAUAAACUUUGCAUUGGGGAGGGAGAUGACGAAGGCCGGACAUGGCACGACGUCUUGCACCUCCGACCCUCUCCCAAUUGUCCUAGAUAACCCAUUCCCUGGUGACCCCCACUUCAGGCGCUGCCGUUUGGUUCUCCUGGAUACCCCUGGCUUCGAUGACACCCACCAUGAGGACGUAGAAAUUCUGAGACGCAUCGCGAGAUGGCUAGAAAAGUCUUGCCGAGAAGGAAACCUCGUCGGCGGUGUACUUUAUUUCCAUGACAUAUCCGCAAAACGCUUCACUGGCACAGCCCGCCAGAACUUAGUGAUGUUUUCUCGCCUUUGCGGGCAAGAUGCUUUGGAGAAGACUGAGUUAGUCACCACGAACUGGGGGUCGGGUAGAACGGAAAUUCUUGAGCAACGGGAAAGUGAAAUGAAGGACGAGCAUUGGAGCCCCUUAAUUGAGAAGGGAGUCAAGGUGCGACGAUUCCUGAGAGACUCAGAAUCCGCUUUGGACGUCCUAAAUCACCUCCUGGGCCACAUCGACGUCGACAGCCUUCUCGACCUUCAGAUCCAAAAGGAGCUCCUCGAGUUCCGGAUGUCCAUCCCAGAAACUCAAGCAGGACAAGAGUUACGGUAUACUCUCAAACAGCUCCUUAAGAUGCAAAAUGAAACCGUGACACUAGAAAAGUCGCUCAUGCAGAACGGUGACUCCGAAGCACGGGCUAACCUCAAAGAUGCAGAGAAAAAGAUGCAGGAGCUUCAGAAUCAGGUCCAGGAGCUACGAGUGAAGCUCUCCCUUCCGAAGAAGCUCAUGAAGAUGUUUGGCCUCCUGGUGGGUGCUUUCCACAGGUGUUAUGUGAUUGCAGUGCUGAAGGAUAGCUACAGCCGACGCGUCGAAAAUCUUCCAGUCUAG